AUGAGAAGCAGCAGAAGGUACGAUUCACGUAGAGAAACGAUCCACCGGGCAUUGGUUCAUUGUAAACAAUCAAGACGUAGACGAGCGCGAAAGUUUGCAUCAGAGGCGCACAGUUCUGCUGCCGAGCAUCGACUGAUCAUACUGAUGGCCCUAGCGGGGCGUAUUGGGACUUAUGGCCAAUGCGUGCGGCAAGUCUCUACAGUCUACAGUAAACUACAGUCCGCAGAGCACCUUAGCGCUCUUCGGUCGUGUGUUCUGCGAUCUUUUAAAUACGUAAAUAUGUAUGUCGUCGCCCGAUCGUAUGAUGUGGCCAACUCUUCGGGAAAUGACCGUAUAAAACCCAGAUAA